AGCUCAUUUCCCUCUUCCUCCUGGAUAGAAACCAACAGCACAGCAACCAGGAGUGACUCCCUCUCCCCCCAGGCAAUAGAACUUUCAAUGGAGGGCAAUAAAUCAAGACGUGUUCCCUCUCAGUAUGACAGAUGGCAUCACCCUGCGUCAGCUUGCUUGACCAGCCAAUUUAUCAUCACACACUCUCCCUUCAAAACCCCCACCGCCAUCAGCAGCAGACAUGAAGACCAGGGACUAUGUGGCAAACUCACUACCGGGGAGAUGGACGAGGAACGACCCCGGUCUCAGACUGUGAACACCACAGCAAGCACCUACAGUGAGAAUUUCUCGAGUACUGCCAGCUUCGCCUAUGACAAGCUCUUUCUCAGGACUGCACCUGGAUUGCUCCUGCUGGCUGAAAUUGUAUUCGGUUUGUUGGUUUGGGCACUAAUAGCUGGGUCUGAAUAUUUUCACUUCCCUGCUUUUGGCUGGGUGAUGUUCGUAGCUGUAUUUUACUGGGUGCUCUCAGUCUUCUUUUUAAUAAUUUACAUUACAAGGGCAUACACAAGAAUACCAAAAGUACCCUGGACGCUAAUUGGGCUGUGGUUUAAUGGAAGUGCCUGUGUUUUAUAUCUCAUCGCUGCUAUUGUAGAUGCAACCUCUGUUUCAGAAGAUAUUCAUCAGAGGCACAACUACGACAGCUGGACCGCAUCAGCAUUUUUUGCCUUCCUGGUCACAGCCUGCUAUGCUGGAAGCACAUAUUUUAGUUUCCAGUCUUGGAGAACGAGAAGCUAAUACCAAGUCGAAUAGAAACUGUUACAAAUUCCAUACACUGCACAACGUUUGAACAAGUUGCACCUUGAAACUUCACCUCUGUAAUGUUUAGUGCUUUGAUUUACAAUGUGUUUAUUAAGGGGACACUGUAGGCACUAAGUGCAAUAGGGACUUCAGCUAACUGAAGUGGUCUGGGUGAGAUGUCCCUAUUGCACUUAGUGCUGCAAUGUUAAACAUUGCAGUUCCAGAGAACUGCAAAGCUUACAAUGCAGCUCGAAGUAUGCCCUCAGUGGCUGUCUGCCAGACAGCCACUGGGGGCGCUUCCAGAAUUGAAACAGACCUUUGGUCCGUUAUCUGACGCUGAACAUCCUCGCGCUUUGCAUGAGGACCUCCAGUGUCAGAUUUUUCAGAUAGGAAAGUAUUGAUUCAGUCUUUGCUAUGGGGAAAUCCUAAUGCGAGCGCAGCCAAUGCUGCGCAUACACAUUAGGUCUCCCUUUCUGGCUGACGUUGGCGGGGGAGAAGCAUGCAUGGAGCCUGAAAAAAAGAGUAUAUUUGUAGGAUGAAUGUCUGUGUUUUAAUAUUCACACUCUAUAAUAUUAUGUGAAAAAUGUCUUAACUUUAAAUUUAAUAUUGUGCCAAAAAAGAAAAUAAACUAAACUAUGUAAUAAAAGUACUGGAAAU